CAAUCCCGAUAUGGAAGAACAACAAGAGAACAACCCCAUUGAUGAAUGCUCCAGGUCGGAGAUCACCAAAUUACCAGAUGAAAUUCUUGCGGAUAUUCUUUCAAUCUACCCCUUGGAUUCUGGAUCAAAGUUCGUAGCUCUCCUCACAGGUUUGUGUAACAGAACUUGCAUCAAGUAUGGAGGACCAGCAGUCCAAGUUCAAGAUUUUGAAUCCGAAAUCAGAAAACAUUUCCUUAUGUUUGAUGAAAAUAAGCCUCUGAAAAGUCCCAGAAAGCUUGAAUUCCAUUUCAAUCGAGGGUUGAUCGUGACAGCAUCCAUCGGGUUGAAAAACAAACUCCAUCUUGAUUUCUCCAAAGGAAAUCAAGGUUACCCAAGGCAGUUUGGAUGGGAGAUUGUGCUCAACACCAUGGAUUUCGCCCAAUUUUCCCCAAAUCUUUUCUCUGUGAAAACCCUGAAAUUAACUUCGGUUAACUAUUUAACUUGUGAAUUGGUAUCCAAUUUGAUAAACAAGUUUCGGUAUGUUGAGUGUUUGAUCAUUGACAAGUGUGAUGGAUUGAGGUCUCUGAGAGUUGAAGGUCUUGCUAAGCUUACGACCCUCAUUGUUCGAGAUUGUUAUGAUCUUAAGUCGGUGUUUGUGGAGUCGUUGGAGCUCAAAUCUCUUCGAUAUCGCGGGCGUUUAUGCUGGUUUUCGUUCAAGAAUGUAAUGUAUUUGAAAGACGUGAUCUUGGAUUGUGAAGGUCCAGGGUUCAAACACUUGAACCACCAGCUCUAUGAUCCGCUUUUACGAGCUAUUCGAGAUGUCAAGGUGCUUACACUCCGUGGAUGGAUGUUUAAGGAAGUAUUUGGACCAUGGCUGUUUUCAGAGGAACAUGAGGAACAUUUCAGAUUCAGCAGACUUGAGGACUUGUGGUGGAUUGAUAGCUGUAUGGAUGAUCAUAACAUCAACUGGUUGUUUUGUUUCUUGAAGUUUUGCACUUCCCUCAAGAGGUUGUUCAUAACUGGCAUGUUAGAAUAG